AUGAGGUCGAAAAUUCAAAUAGGGUUGGUGUUAUCAUGCUCCAUAGCUGUGAUUUGGCUGUUAGGGCAGCUCUACCAUCAGCUCCUGGGUUUAUAUGAGCAGAAUGGUAUUCUUGCACAGUCAGAAUACUCUUGGGUCUUCCGCUUAUUGUUAAACUGUGUAGGCUAUUCGACAGUGUUAUUACCUGCUUUUUUGCUAUACAAGUAUCUUCAGCAAAUCAACUAUUUUGAAAAAAUAUCAAACAGUACCUGGGUAUCUCGAGCACUUCACACAUUGUAUGCAGAACAAAAUGAGAGAAUCCCAGAUACAAUAAAACCAAAGGAGGAUGAGAAGAGGGAGGUACUGGAGAUGAUAAUCUGUUUCAGCGGCCUUAUGGGUUCCUACCUCAUCUGGGGUCUCUUACAGGAAAAGAUUAUGACACAGGAAUACGUUUGGAAGGAUGGGUCUGUGUCCCGCUUUAACGAUUCCCAAUUCUUGGUGCUGAUAAAUCGGGUGUCAGCAUUUGCAUUGGCCUUUGGUCGUUUGCGUUGGACUGGCGAACCAGUAUUUGCAGCACCUUUGUAUAAGUUUUCAUAUUGCUCGCUCACAAACAUUGUCAGUGCAUGGUGUCAGUACGAGGCUCUAAAGUAUGUCAGCUUUCCUACACAGGUGCUGUCAAAAUCAUGUAAAGUGAUCCCAGUUAUGGUGAUGGGGAAAAUAGUCUCACGCGCCCACUAUCAGACCUACGAAUAUCUUACAGCUCUUCUAAUCUCCGCUGGAAUGGCGUUGUUCCUGUUCAGUACACAUGAAAACACACAUGCGUCAGCAGCCAUGGGUGUUUCGGGGGUUUGCCUUCUAGCAUUAUACAUGGCAUGUGACAGUUUCACCUCGUCAUGGCAGGCCGCUCUAUUUCAACGCUAUACGCUCAAACCGCUACAAAUGAUGUGUGCUGUUACACUUUGUUCGUGCGCUCUCGCCGCUGCUUCCGCCCCGCUACGCCCGGCUACGCUCACGCUGCUACGGCAUCCGAUGUUUGUAGUGGAUUGCUUGUUGCUCUCGGCCAGUUCGGCGUUGGGCCAAGUGUUGAUAUAUCGGACGAUAGCCCGUUUCGGUGCUGUUGUCUUUACCAUCGUCAUGACGCUAAGACAGGCGGUGUCGAUACUAAUAUCGUGUGCGGUAUACGGUCACCCUGUAUCAUUGGCGGGUGCUGGUGGAGUUCUAGUAGUGUUUGUGGCUGUCUUCAUACGUAUACAUUGCAGACGAAGAGCACGCAAACACACGCACAAACCCGUCUAG